GCCGGGGGCGCCCAGCGCCGGGACGCAGCGCCGGGCCCGGAACGGCCGCCCGGCCGGGGCGCGGGGCCUGGAGGCGGGACCGGCUCCGACCUCCGCCCGGCGGCGCAGGGAGGCCUGGGCGCAGGUGAGGGGCACAGGUGAGCCGCUGCGCAGGACCCUGCAGCUGCUCAGCAUGUCCCAGCGGCACUCGGACAGCUCCUUGGAGGAGAAGCUCCUGGAAAAGCGCUUCUACUCGGAGCUGCGGCUUGAUACCAAGGGGAACCCGGCGUCCGGGCUCCCGAUGGUCCGGGGCCCCCUGCAAAGCAGGAACAAUGCCGCCUUCCAGCCCGACACCCCGGCGGCCCCACCGCCGUCCGCCGAGGCCCAGGAGCCGAGGACCGUCGUCCUGAGCACGCAGAGCCCGGCGGCCCUGAAGAUGGGCACUCAGCAGCUGAUCCCCCGGAGCCUGGCCGCGUCCAGCAGGGCCAAGGCCCCGGCCCGGCACCAGAGCUUUGGGGCGGCCAUGCUCAGCAAGGAGGCUGCCCGGCGGGACCCCCGGCUCCUCUCAGCCCCCAGCUUCUCCCUGGACGACAUGGACGUGGACGUGGGUCCCGGGGGGAUGCUGAGGCGCAAUCUGAGGAACCAGUCCUAUCGGGCGGCCAUGAAGGGCCUGGGGACCCCGGGCGGCAAGGGCAGCCCCGUCCAGCUCAGCCCCAAGCUCCAGGCUCUGGCCGAGGAGCCCAGCCAGCCUCCUGCGCGGCCUGCGGCCAAAAAUAAGAAGACGCUGGGGCGGAAACGCGCACACAAGGGCUCCUUCAAAGAUGACCCCCGGUUCUACCAGGAGAUCCGGGAGCGCGGCCUGAACACGGGCCACGAGUCCGAUGAUGACUUGCUCGAUGAGCUCCCCAGCCCCGACGCAACCCGGAAGGCGGAUGCCCCCAUCGUGGUCAAGAGCUACCGGCCCCCCCAGAUCACCUGGAGCCAGCUCCCUGAGGUGGUGGAGUCGGGCAUCCUGGACCAGCUGCCUGCCGAGGAGCGCAGGAGGCAGGAGGCCAUCUUCGAGAUCCUCACGUCCGAGUUCUCGUACCAGCACAGCCUCAGCAUCCUGGUGGCCGAGUUCCUGCAGUCGCGGGAGCUGCGGGCCACCAUGACGCAGAUGGAGCACCACCACCUCUUCUCCAACAUCACGGACGUCCUGAGCGCCAGCCGGAGGUUCUUCGAGGACCUGGAGCAGCGGCACAAGGUGCGGGUGUGCGUGGAGGACAUCAGCGACAUCCUGGAGGAGCACGCCGAGCGGCACUUCCACCCCUACGUCGUCUACUGCUCCAACGAGGUCUACCAGCAGCGUGCCCUGCAGCGGCUGACAAGCAGCAACACUGCCUUCCGCGAGGCCCUGCGGGAGAUCGAGCAGCGGCCGGCGUGCGGGGGGCUGCCCAUGAUCUCCUUCCUGAUCCUGCCCAUGCAGCGGGUCACCCGGCUGCCCCUGCUGACAGACACGCUCUGCCUUAAGACUCAGGGCCACCCCGAGAGGUACAAGGCCGCCAGCCGUGCACUCAAGGCCAUCAGCAAGCUGGUGAAGCAGUGCAACGAGGGGGCCCACAAGAUGGAGCGCACGGAGCAGAUGUACACGCUGCACACGCAGCUGGACUUCAGCAAGGUCAAGUCCCUCCCGCUGAUCUCUGCCUCCCGCUGGCUGCUGAAGCGUGGGGAGCUCUUUGUGGUGGAAGAAACCGGGCUUUUCCGAAAACUCGCCAGCCGGCCGACGUGCUACCUGUUCCUGUUCAACGACGUCCUGGUGGUCACCAAGAAGAAGAGCGAGGACAGCUUCGUGGUCCAGGAUUACGCGCAGGUGGACCACAUCCAGGUCCAGAAGAUGGAGCCCUCGGAGGCCCCUCUGCCAGGGGGCGGCAACCGCAGCUCCUCUGUGCCGCACCCCUUCCAGCUGACCCUGCUGCACAACAGCGAGGGCCGCCAGGGGAAGAUGCUGCUGUCCUCCGACUCCGCGAGUGACCGCGCGCGGUGGAUCACGGCCCUCACGCACCGGGAGAGGCAGGGGCACGGCCCCGCCAACAAAGGAGACCUGCUCCAGGUGGAGGUCACCAAGGCCUACUUGGCCAAGCAGGUGGACGAGAUCACACUGCAGCAGGCAGACGUGGUCCUGAUCCUGGAGCGAGAGGACGGAUGGUUCUAUGGCGAGAGGCUGCGGGAUGGAGAGACGGGCUGGUUCCCCGAGGGCUUCGCCCAGAGCAUCACCAGCCGCGUGGCCGUGGAGGGCAACGUGCGCAGGAUGGAGCGGCUGCGCGUGGAGACGGAUGUGUAGCCGUGUCUGCCGGCACCGCGCCAGGCCAGGCUGCGGCCACGCAGCUUCAGUCCGCACUCCACCAAGUGGCCGUGCCCCUCCCCAGGGAGUGCAGUGGGCUUGUCUCCGGAGCCUGAAGGGUCCCUGGACUCCCCCAGGCCCCAUGGGCUGCAACACAGGCUCCGGACAUUUCCAAGGAGGGAGGCCACACGCCCUCGGGGGGAGCAUCCCCGGGCAAGCUCAGGAGCCGUGCCAGCCCUGACCCCAGGCUGCGUCCCCAGGGGGAGCCCAGCCGGGCCUGCCCGCUGGCCACGCCCUCCCCCGGUUCCUGGCCUCCCAGCCCCGCCCCCCGUGCACCCACAGGACAGUUUCGCCGUGGCCGUGUGCUCAGGGUGGAUGGCCCUGGGAAGGGUGGGGAUGACCUGGAGGGGUCUCCCCCCCACGCCCCUGCUGCCUCAGCCUUGGGUGCCCAGCGCUGCCCUACGUCCCCAGAGGAGGGCCAGCUGCAGGCGGGGGAGCCUGCAGUGCCAGCACUGGAACUGUGACUUUGAGACAUUAAAGUUUUUCUUUAACA